AUGCCGAGGAGCCCGCAGCUGAGCCUGAGCGGCUGCAGCUCGCUCUUCUCCCUGUCCAGCACCAGCACGAGCCGCGACAACGACGACAGCGCCGCCGCCCUAACGGCGCCGGUGCCAGCGCCACCGGCCGGCGCGUCUCUCCAUCCGUUGCCCCCACGGCGCCUCCCUCUUCUGUCGCUCAGCGUCGGCGGCGGCGGCGGCGGCGAGGAGGAGGACGAGGACGAAGAGGAGUACCUGCUGGGGACCGGCGCCCUGGAUCUGCAGCUGACGGGGGCCGGCGGCGGCAGCAACAGCAGCGGCGGCGGCUGCGACGAAGAGCGGAAGAACAUCCGGAUGAUGAAGAACAGGGAGUCUGCGCUGCGCUCCAGGGCAAGGAAGAGGGCCUAUGUGCAGGAGCUGGAGAAGGAGGUUCGUCGCCUGGUGAAUGAGAAUCUCAAGCUCAAGAGGCAGUGCAAACAACUGAAAGUGGAUAUGGCUGCACUGAUCCAGCAAAGCAGCAGCAAGAGCAGCUCCCACAUCAGAAGAACCUCCUCAUCCACUCAGCUCUAG